CUUAGCUGAAUAAUUCGAAAAUAUCCGUAACAGAUGGCGCCACAUGCGUUCCAUUUUUAUCUCCAUUUCUACGAAGCUAUUUUCUAUGGUGCAUAGUUAGAAAGCGCGGAGGUCGGUGAAGUAACUUAAUAAUCUAUUUUAAUUAAUUUUUAAAAAAGCGAGACUUUUUUAUAUUAAAGUACAUCUAAGUAGAUUAUUUCAACCGUAAAAAGAAACCUACUUUAUCAACCUCACUUUAGUGUCAGCUGUCAUUUUUGUAAUUUUAACGUUUUAUUUAAUUCUUUUUGUUAAUAUUUUCUUUAAUUUUAAUAAAACCACCAAUAAAAUGGAUUUGGAAUCAGAAGUUAGUGAUUAUGAAUCACUUCGUGAACAAAAUAUGAAGGAAUUACAAGCUUUGAUGUCUCAAUUUGAAACUCCUGAUUUCGACGAUACCAUGGAUGCUAUUAAUACAUACGAAGAAAUUAAAAAGGGGGCGAAACGUAAACGGGAUGGUGGAGAUUCGACUUUUCGAUGUAGCGUUAUGGUUCCGUUGGAGACGAGGCGUUCUUCUAGAUUAGCAAAAAUCACUCCUAAGUAUUCUUAUUUAGAUUUGCCGGAUGAAAAGUUAAUAAAAGAUUCAAAUUAUGAUGAUGUGGACAUCGAAGAUCUAGAAAAACCACUUUACCAUCCAAGAAAACGCUCAAAUUACAAAACAUCGAAUUCAACUCCUUUUAAAAUCGUACCUGUGGAAUUAAUCACAGAAAAUUAUUUAAAAAACAUAGCAUCUCGUACAACAAAAAAGAUUUACUCCCAAAACGGCACUUCCUGCCAUCAAUGUCGCCAAAAAACCAUGGACAGUAAAACUUAUUGUCGUAAUUCUGAGUGUGUUGGAGUUCGAGGCCAAUUUUGUGGGGUUUGUUUAAAAAAUCGUUACGGUGAAGAUGCCAAAAACGCUUUAUUAGAUCCAAAUUGGAAAUGUCCACCCUGUAGGGGUCUGUGUAAUUGUUCGAUUUGUCGAGCUCGUGAAGGAAAACGCCCUACGGGGAUUUUAGCACCUUUAGCUUUUAAGCAUGGACAUAAAAGUGUUAAAGAUUUUUUGUUUAGUUUGAAUGGGAGAGGGGAUUUUGUUGAAAAUUGUGAUGAAAUGGAAAAUUGUAAAGAUGAAAUUUAUGAAAAUAAUUGUUUAUCAGGAUGUGAUCAUUUUGAUUUAAUUGGUUUUGAUAAAGAUGGGUUUGCGGUGGUUUUGGUUAAUGACAAAGAUCGGAUUUGUGAUCGAAAAGGUGAUUUAUUAGGGUUUAAUAGUGAAAUAAAACCUGUUUUAGUACUAAAUAGUAAGUAAAAUGUGUUGAAUUGUUUUAAAAGUGCCUGAAAAGUAUUAAAAAGUUAUUAAUUAUU